AUGACAGAAGAGAGCACGUUCUGCAAAAACUGUAAGCGAGAUGUGUCUGCUGCCAAUUUCUCCCUCCAUGAGGCCCACUGCUUGCGGUUUCUCACUCUCUGUCCAGAAUGUGAUGAACCAGUUGCCCAAAAGGAUAUGAAAGACCAUCAAACAGAAGCACACAAGCAGGUCAGAUGUAAUCUUUGUCACCAAAGCAUGCAGCAAUACCAGUUGGAGCAUCAUGAGACCAAGGAAUGCUGCAAACGAGCAAUGAAAUGCAAGAUCUGUGAGCUUGAAAUGCCCUUCAACAAGCUCCAGGAACACCUGAACACCUGUGCCAGCCGAACAGAGCGGUGUUGGGAAUGUAACAAAUACAUCAUGUACAAAGACCAGGACAAACACAAAGAUAUUUGUCCCAACAGUGGUCUGUCCUAUCAUAAGGAUGUGAACUUUAAAACCAGUGAAGCAUCUGCUAAUGCAACAUUUAUUUACCCCACUGGUGCUGGUGGCAAUCUUUGUCAGAAGUGCAAUAAGUCAUUCCCAGCUGACCAGUACUCCCAACAUCUGAAUAAAUGCGGUGCAGCCCAUAAACUGACAAAAGUUCUUGCUGGCCAGUCAACUUCAAAACUCAGCAGUGAUCCACCACAGUCUUCUUCCUCCCUGGUUCCCUCUUCCUGCUCCGAGAAUGCAAUGGCAUGGAAAGAUGUCCGUCCCAAAGGGAAAGACAGACACCAGCCAUUGACCUCCAAAACCUUGCUUAAACCCCCAAAGAACAAAAAAAAUGGCUUUCCCUCUCCCACAAGAGGUGGACUUUGCACACCACCUCAAGCUUUUAAAGACACCCAGUCUUUUGACAUGCUGGUGACCUGUGCCCAUUGCAACAUUCUUCUGCCGCUUCCAACCCUUCGGAAACAUGAGAUCAAGUGUCUACGUUUGACAUCUUAAAAUGCUAGGAUGAAACAAAAAUCAAGCCAUUGAGAAAAAG